CGUCGCCAGGGGCGUGGCGGUUGCCAUUGCUACGGGCAGGCGAAGGGGCGCGGCCUAGGCCCGGCCGGAGCCUGGUUUGGUUUCCCUCAGACGGAGGCUUGCCGGCCGCGCCUCGGGCCCCGAUGGCGUCGUCCUCGGCGGGGGAGAGCCUGGAGGCGUCGGCCGAGCACGAGCGCAUCCUGCGGGAGGUGGACAGCACCGACACGGCCUGCCUGGGGCCCACCCUCCGGUCUGUCUACGAUGGCGAAGAACACGGGCGCUUCAUGGAGAAGCUUGACGCUCGCAUCCGGAACCACGACCGCGAGAUCGAGAAGAUGUGCAAUUUCCAUUACCAGGGCUUUGUAGACGCCAUCACAGAGUUCUUGAAAGUCAGGGCAGAAGCCCAAAAGCUCAAGAACCAAGUGACGGACACUAACAGGAAACUGCAGAUGGAGAGCAAGAAACUGGUGGGAGCGAUGGAGGAGCUGAAACAGUGCCGCCUGCAGCAGCGGAAUAUCUCUGCCACUGUGGACAAGCUCACGCAGUGCCUUCCCGUUCUGGAGAUGGACAGAAAAUUAAGAGAGCAAAUGAAGUCCAAAAGGCAUUAUCCUGCCCUGAAGACUCUGGAGCACCUUGAGCACGUGUACCUGUCUCAGGUGAGCCACUAUCGCUUCUGCAAGGUCAUGGUGGACAACAUUCCAAAGCUGCGCGAGGAGAUCAAGGAAGUCUCCAUGUCAGACCUCAAGGACUUUCUGGAGAGCAUCCGCAAGCACUCGGACAAGAUCGGUGAGACAGCCAUGAAGCAGGCCCAGCAGCAGAGGAGCCUGGAUGGCGUUGUGACUCAUCCCACGAAAGCCAGCGGGAGAAGGCCAAAGAGAGACCCCUUUGCCAGUCUGGACCCAGAGGUCAAAAACACCAGCCCCACCUCGGAGCAGGACUCUGGCAUCCUGGAUGGAGAGGACGAGGAAGAGGAGGAGGAGGAAGAGGUGCCCGGUGCCCAGGAUCUGGUGGACUUCUCACCUGUUUACCGUUGUUUGCACAUCUACUCGGUCCUGGGGGCUCGAGAGACCUUUGAGAGCUACUACCGGAAGCAGAGGCGAAAGCAGGCCCGGCUGGUGCUGCAGCCCCCCUCCAACAUGCAUGAGACCCUGGGGGGCUACCGGAAGUACUUCAACCAGAUCGUAGGCUUCUUUGUCAUUGAGGACCACAUCCUGCACACCAGCCAGGGCUUGGUGGACAGAGCCUACAUCGACGAACUGUGGGACAUGGCCCUGUCGAAAACCAUCGCGGCGCUCCGGACACAUUCAUCAUACUGCUCUGAUCCCAACCUGGUCUUGGACCUGAAAAACCUCAUUGUGCUCUUUGCUGAUACCCUCCAGGGAUACGGCUUUCCCGUCCAUCAGCUCUUCGACUUGCUCCUGGAAAUCCGGGAUCAGUACAGCGAGACCCUGCUGAAGACCUGGGCGGGAACUUUCCGGCAGAUUCUGGAUUCGGACAACUACAGCCCCAUCCCAGUGGCCAAUGAAGAGCUGUACCUAAAGAUGGUGGGGCAGUUUCCCUUCCACGAUCCAGAGCUGGAGAAGCAACCGUUCCCCAAGAAGCUCCCCUUCUCCGAAUUCGUGCCUCGGGUGUACAGCCAGAUCAAGGAGUUCAUCUACGCGUGCCUCAAGUUCUCCGAAGACCUCCACCUCAGCUCCACUGAGGUGGACGACAUGAUCCGGAAGUCUACCAACUUGCUGCUGACGCGGACGUUGAGCAACUGUUUGCAGAACGUGAUCAAGAGGAAAAACGUUGGCCUGACGGAGCUGGUCCAGAUCAUCAUCAACACGACCCACCUGGAGAAGUCCUGCCGCUUCCUGGAGGAAUUCAUCACCAACAUCACCAACGUUCUCCCAGACACCGUUCACACCACAAAGCUGUAUGGAACGACCACCUUCAAGGAUGCUCGACAUGCGGCAGAGGAAGAGAUCUACACAAACCUGAACCAGAAGAUAGACCAGUUCCUGCAGCUUGCAGAUUACGACUGGAUGGCUGCUGAGGCCAGUCCAAAGGCCAGUGACUACUUGGUGGACCUCAUUGCCUUCCUGCGCAGCACCUUUGCCGUUUUUACACAUCUGCCGGGGGAUCUCUGGGCCCACAGCACCAUGUCCGGCAAGGUGGCCCAGACGGCCUGCAUGUCGGCCUGCAAGCACCUGGCCACUUCACUGAUGCAGCUGCUCUUGGAAGCCGAAGUCCGGCAGCUCUCGCUGGGGGCCCUGCAGCAGUUCAACCUGGACGUAGCAGAAUGCGAGCAGUUUGCCAGAUCCGGGCCGGUGCCCGGGUUCCAAGGGGACACGCUGCAGUUGGCCUUCAUCGACUUGAGACAACUCUUGGAUCUCUUCCUCCAGUGGGACUGGUCAACGUACCUUGCCGACUACGGACAGCCCGCCUGCAAGUACCUGCGUGUGAACCCCACGACGGCCCUGAUCCUGCUGGAGAAGAUGAAGGACACCAGCCGCAAGAACAACGUCUUUGCUCAGUUCCGGAAGAACGAGAGGGACAAGCAGAAGCUGAUCGAGGCGGUGGCCAAGCAGCUGCGGGGCCUCAUCAACAGCCACCACGCCUGAGCCGGACGGACGGGGGGCCCUGCGCCCGCCUCCCCGGGAAGGGUGGGGACGGAGCCCAAAGGGAAGACGAGCCGGACGAGCCCUUGGGACGAACACUGCAAUGCGGAGGAGUUGGAUCCUGCUGCUGCUACUUCCUUCUCUUUGCAGGGGAUCGGGACCACAGCGUAAUACGGAAGCCUUGAGUUUUGCAGACA